CUUCUCUCUUUUGUAUUACUGUAUAUUCCCCUAACAUCAUCAGAUACUUCAAUCCUCUUAGGUAUUCCCCGCUCUAAUCAAUAUGUCACCUAAAACUUUCAUUGUCACCGGUGCCUCGAGAGGUCUCGGCCUUGCAAUCUCUAAAUUUCUUCUCACUGCGCCUCAGCCCCAUAAUGUGAUCAUAAUCGCCCGCAGCGUUGAGCCCCUCCAGAAGCUGAAAGACCAGUACGGCAAGCAGGUCGAGGUACUGAAUGGCGAUCUGGAGGAUUUCUCUCUCGGCCAGAAGGCCGUCGAUCUGGCGUUAAAGUCAUUCGGGCGUCUUGAUGGAUUGGUUCUUAACCAUGGCACACUAGGCCAGGUGGGCAAAAUCGCCGAGGCAGAUCUGGAACAAUGGAAGCAGGGAUUUGAUGUUAAUUUUAUCAGCUUGGUGGCUUUUGUUAAAGCUGGACUUCCUGCGCUUCGCGACUUCCAGGGCAGGAUCAUCUUUACUUCUUCAGGAGCUUCCACCUCGGCAUUUAGGGGAUGGGGUCUGUAUGGUGCCAGCAAGGCAGCUAUGAACCAUCUGGCUUUAACUCUCGGGGAAGAAGAGCCUGACGUGACGUCCGUAUCAAUUCAGCCGGGCUUGGUCGACACCGAAAUGCAGCGAGAGAUACGGGAAGAUCACGCUACCACUCUGGACCCUCAAUUCCAUUCGAUAUUCACCACAGUCUACAAGGAUGGAAAAUUGCUCAAGCCCGAACAGCCUGGCCAUGUCAUAGCCAAGUUGGUGAUUGAUGCUCCGAAAUCAUUGACUGGCAAGUACCUAUCAUGGAAUGACCAAGUUCUCGAAGCUUUCCAGUAGACUAAUAGAAAAAGUCUGUAUAUGAAAGUGAUUAUAUAUUGCUAUGGAAGGUUUUCACGUGAUACUUAGCUUAACAAUGGAAAUCAAUACAUUCUAGA